AUGGCGCGCGCGUCGUCGAUCGCGACGCAUCGCGCGACGCCCGCGUCGACGCCGCGACGCGCGCCGGCGAUCCAACGCGCCGUCGUCGCGCGAUGCGACGCGCGAUCGCGAUCGACGACGACGACGACGACGACGCGGCGCGACGCGAUGCGCGCGGCGCUGAGCGCGGUGGCGCUGGCGCGCGUCGCGAUCGCGACGCCCGCGCGCGCGUUCGAACGACCGCCGAUCGGAUUCGCGCGGUACACGGACGCGAUCGAUGGGUACGGAUUCGAUCGACCGAGCGCGUGGGUCGAGGUCAGGGGGAGCGGGAACGACGUGUUUUUUCGAGACGCGAGCGAGGUCGAGACGAACGCGUUCGUCGCGGUGAGCUCGCCGUCGAGCAGCGCGUACGAGAGCGUGGAAGAUCUGGGAACGGCGGAGGACGCGGCGAAGAGGGUGCUGGAACAGUACGUCGGCGAGCUGAUGUCGACGCGGCUGGGGGUGCGGCGAGAGAAGGAGAUUUUAAACGCGAGGCGAAGGACGAAGAGCGAUGGGAAAGUGUAUUACGACGUGGAGGUGAGGAUUUCGAGUUAUAGCGCGAGGAAUCAGUACGGGUUGACGGCGGAGGAUCGACCGCAGACGUUGGAGUGGGAUCGGACGCUGCGAAGCGCGCUCGGGACGGAGAACGGGAAGCUGUACGAAUUGCGGUUGCAGUCGCCGACGGCUUCGUACGAAAAGAAUUCCAAGAUAUUCGACGUCAUGGUGGAUUCGUUCAGGCAGUUCGAAGCGGAUACGCCGAGUGUGAGCAGUUAUAUCGGGCUGAGAAUCGGCCAGUAG